AUGCAAUCAAAAUUGAAUACCGUGCAAUCCAAGAAAUCUGAACAGUCAAGACGCUCAUCAUCUAAUAACGUUGGUAGAAGACAACUUGCGAUCUCAAGAAGAGUAAACACUUAUCCUUAUCAUAGAAGUAAAAUCAAUAAUGAGAACAAUUGUUACAAAUGUGAUCAAAGUGAUGAUUUUAUUAAUAGCUUAAGCACAAGAAUUGCUAGAAUCGAAAGUUUGGUUGACGAUCUUAGUAAAACUGUUAAAGCUGCAACUCCCACUCAAAAAACUGGCCAUUCUCCUUUGUCCGCUCUCGAUUCUGUUAAUUUAUCUAAAAUGAGUAUCGACGAAUUACUUCGUUACUCUUCUCAAUUGGGAAUUCGCUUAUUUGGUAACCUUGAUAAAGAAAAGAAAUCCUCUAUUAAAAUCGAACAAAAGGAAUCUAAAGAUAAAUUUUGA